GCUUAUGAAGUUUCACUUCAGUCCUGUGAACAGUGCUGCAUAUGAUAAUUUUUAUUUUAACGACGAAUAUUAUGUAAAAAUUUUCGAAAAGGAUGUGUUAAGAAAAGUUUCGCAGUGAGAACAGCCAGAAAGUUAUUUCAGAAAUCGGCCGCCCAAAUAAAAUUUCUGAAAAUGAAAUAUCUACGAAUAUUAACAUUCAGGAGUGUGUACACGCUACUUUUAAUUUUUUGCAAGAAUUUAGUGGGUUUGUUUAAUACCACCUUAAUGAAAUUAGAAAUCUGAAUUAUCGAUAUAAAUAUAAAUUUUAAAAUAGUAAGAACGUAUUGCUUGUUUGAUAUUCGGAAAACAAAACUAAUUUACAUUGCACUACCUGAAUCUUGCAAAAAAUAAUUGUAAUGCAAACAGAGCUACUAAAUGAGAAAAGAAAUUGAAAAACUAAGUGACGCUGAACUGCGAAAGCGGCUAAGAGCUUCAGGAUUUCCCAUUGUACCAGUCACAGAAACCACUCGAGGAAUUCUAGUUAGCAAAUUAUACAAAUCACUCAAAAAGAAUGCAAAUUUGUCGAAAGAGUUCUCUGGAGAAGAGCUAACAAAUAUUUCACAGAUGAAUCGGAAUAGAAGUUAUGAGUCUGAAUUUCAAAAUUGUAAAUCAGCGGUUAAAGAUGUUCGAAUGAGAAAAGGGAUUAUGAACAAUUCAUCAAAAUAUUUUACUGAAAACAACUUUCCAGUAUCUAAUAAAUAUUUACAUUUUCCUUCUGGAAGUGAUCAAAUGGAUCAAUAUUCAAAGAAAUCUGACUACUCUGUUCCUGUUUUGCCAGAGAAUAAUAUUGCUACCUUUACUGAACAAUCCCAUCUGGGCGUAGUAAAUAGAUUAUUAAGUUUUCGUGAUAAAAAAUUUCGAAAUCAUAAUACUUGUGAAAAUCAAUUAACUUCAUAUAUAUCAAUGCCAAAAGAAGCAAACAAAUACUUUACUAAAUCAAAACGUAAAAUAUAUGACAUGAUGUCUUACAUCGGAUCGCAAUCUCUACUGAAUCAAAGUUUUAAGCCAUAUAUGUUGGUUGGGACAUUCAUAGUAUUUUUUAUUGGUUUGGCUCUUAUUUAUAUGAUCCAAAGUCCACGCAUUUUGCCUUUGAACAGCAUUGACAGCAAAGUGAAUGCAUGCGGAGGCUUAGUUGAUAAAAUAGAUUGCAUUCCAGAUAUUUAUCUAGAAAAUGCCAUCGAUUUAACAAAAGACAUUUUAAAGUUGCUUCAAAUUCAAGCUAAAAGAUAUCACUGCAAUAAAAAAAAAGUUUCAAUCGGUGAACUAGACAUCGUUAACAAUGCAAAGGAAAUAUACCAAUAUGGACCAGAAAAGUUGGAAAAAGUUUUGUUUUAUACCAAAAUGCUUAUAAAGAAAAAUCCUCAAUGGAAAAUCAAAAUUUAUGAGGCGAACGAUGUGAAUUUUACCUUACUCUUGGAGAAUCGCUCUAUAUUUUGCAGCUUUUACUCAAAAAUUCAAAGUUUUUUUAUGAUAAUUGGUAUAGGUGCAUUAAUUUCAUUACUCUCGGGUGUGAUUUUCGUUUGCUAUCGUUACGUAAAAGCUUGGCGCGUCAACCGUUCCCAUGUUAUUGAACAGUUUACAGCAGAUAUUAUAAACGAAUUGAUUUUUAAAGCAUCUCUAAGUGAAGUACCAGAAGAACGAGAAGUUAUAAUAAACCAUCUGCGCGACAAAUUGAUACCGCCCAAUAAAAGGAACUCUUACGUAAAGUACUGGAAGGAGGCGUUGCAAUUGCUGGAAGUUAAUGAUAGCAGAAUACAAUUUGGGAUUAGAAUAUCCGAUGGAGAAGAAUUUCGUACAAUGAAAUGGAUAGGAACGUCAUACCCUAAUGCACGUUUAAAUAGUUCGCUAAAAAAAUGGCAUAGUCCAGCAUUUGAUUACACUAACAAAAUUAAUAAUCCACCUACCUCAUGUUUGAAAAUACGUCAUAUGUUUGAUCCAUCAGAGUCCAACAUUUCAAAUUUGAAAGAAAUAAUAGAAGGGGCAUUAAUAGAAAAAGUUGGGUCCAGGUGCUGUAUCGAAGAAAUUCAGAUCGAUAAGCAAAGUUGUUGCGUAUACGUCCGCUGCCGGAGUGAAGCUGAUGCAGGCACAAUACACAAUGAAAUAAAUGGUUGGUGGUUCGAUAAGCGCUUAAUAUCAAUCAAAUUUUUACGAUUACAACGUUUUCUAGCGCGCUUUCCAGAUGGUAAAAACACUGCUUCUAUAAGAAAUCAUUAAUUGAAGCGAUUGACAUUAGUCCAUACAAAUUUUAUUAUUUAUACAAGUUUAAUUUUCUAAUAAAGCCGCUAUAUAAACGUAGGGCGUAUUUUUAACACAAACAAA